CGGGACAAAGCUUUGAGCGCGAGCUGUCGGGCCCCCGAGCCACUCGGGCCAGAGCUGGCGGCGGAGGCGGUUUAGGUAGCCUAGUGGCUGAAUGGUGCAAUAAAAAUGGACCCAAUACCAAAAUGUGACGAAGGAAAACAAACCCACAGUGCAACCUUGGAUGUGGAAACCGAAAAGUCACCCAAGAAGUAUGGAACUGAGACUGCAAAAACAAACAAUGAAGAAGCUAGCUGCAUUGCCAACCAAGAUGUAAUUCCAGAAACAGAGAAUAAAGUCAAAGAGAACACCGAAGUACAAGUAAUUAUGGCAAGGAAACCACCCGGUUCAGUUGUUCAAACAGAAGCUAGCUGCUUUGCCAACCAAGACGUAAUUCCAGAAACAGAGAAUAAAGUCAAAGAGAGCACCGAAGUACAAGUAAUUAUGGCAAAGAAACCACCCGGUUCAUUUGUUCAAACAGGACUGGCCACUUCAGUGAAGUCCAAGAAUCCUAUGUCUGAAAGUUGGUCCUUAAGUGAGCAGAAGUACAGGGGCGCUUACCACCCAAAAAUGUAUGCACCAAAGAAAAGCAACGACAGUGAGCAGAGGAGAACCACCCCUAGAAUGACAAAAGAGUUCUUGCGAAAACUUUGCAGAGAACAUCAACUGUUUAUGACACCAUCGCUGAAUGAUAACCUUUACUUACACUAUAAAGGUUUUGAGUAUAUCGAGAAUCUAGAAGAGUAUACAGGGUUACGGUGCUUGUGGUUGGAGUGUAAUGGAAUACGGAAAAUAAGUAAUUUGGAUGCUCAAAUUGAAUUGCGUUGCCUUUACCUGCAGUUAAAUUUAAUUCAAAAGAUUGAGAACCUUGGUCACCUAAAAAGAUUGGAUUCACUGAAUCUCAGCAACAAUAUCAUCAAAACCAUUGAAAAUCUGUCUUGCCUUCCAGCUCUAAAUUCAUUGCAGAUUGCUCAUAAUGAUAUUGAAACCAUAGAAGACAUUCAACACCUCAAGGAAUGUCAUAGCAUUAGUGUUCUUGACCUUUCGUACAACAAGCUGAGUGAUCCUAACAUCUUAUCCGUCCUGGCAUCCAUGCCAGAUCUGCGGGUACUGAAUCUCAUGGGAAAUUCUGUGGUGAAGAAAAUUACUAAUUAUAGAAGAACCGUUACCAUCUGCUUAAAAGAGCUUACAUACCUCGAUGAUAGACCCAUCUUCCCCAAAGACAGAGCCUGUGCAGAAGCCUGGGCUAGAGGGGGCUAUCAGGCUGAAAAGGAAGAAAAACUGAAAUGGGAAACGAAAGAAAAGAGGAAGAUCGAGGAGAGCGUUCAAGCUUUAGCUUCAAUAAAGCAAAAAGCUGAAGAAAGGAAAAAAAAAUUGAGAGAGCAAGAGAUGCUACUGAAAAUGAGUGGGAAAGGCAGCAGGGUAGAAAUGGAAACCCUUUUAAAGGAUAUGCAGGGAUUUUCUUGGAACACCAAGGGUACCUAUGUUGAAGACACCUAUGCAAGUACAAGUGAGGAAACAAUGACAUUGCUUGAUGUUACUGAAGAAAAUCAGAAAGAAAUAGAAGAAAUUGAUUUGCCAAUGAAAACAGGAGCAGAGAAGAUGGUUUCAGAUGACACAAUGCUUAUUACCGAAAUAGAUGAAGCUGAAGACUUGGAAAUUCUUACGUGGGAGACAGAGGAUAAGUUGUUCAUCGAUGACCUACCCGAUUUGGAAGAUAUCGAUGAUAAAGAAGUAUCAACAAAGGAAGGUGCCAGCGCACAAAAACCCAAGAUUGAAGUGAUUGCAGAAGCAAGUAAUGCCUCUGAACUUCAAACAGAGGAAAAGGCUAAAGCAUCAACCCAAAAAGGAGUGAAAAAAGAAACGACAGAUUUCCUGUCAAGUGUAUUUGCCCUGUUCAAGGGCAGUUCACAGAAGGCAGUAGGAGGUGUAGCAGAAAAACCGGAAGCAAAGCCAAAAAAAAAUUGGAAAACGAGAAUUAGGCAAGUAAAGUUUUCAAAGCCAAUAAUUCAAGAAAUCAGUGACAACAAACCGGAAGAAGACAACAAACCAACCUCUUCAAAAGCAAAGGCAGAGAAGGAUGUGGAAGCAAAAAGUGAUAAGCAAAACAAAUAAGUUGCAGUUUUAGAAGCCAGAAGACUCCGUCUGAUAUGGAAUCAAGAAAAUAGGAUUUCAGCUAAAUUAAGAAACAGAAGCAGAAUCGUCGUCGGUUAUCAUACCUCUACUGACCAGCCAAAUUGUCAACUCCUACUCUACCCGUGUGUUACCUUAAACUGGCUUCCAAUUCAGCCUUAAUAAAAACUGCUCAGUUCA